AUGAAGAUGAAAGGAAGAGGAAUGGCUUGCUGGCUGGUCUCCUUGGCUGCCAUCUGCCUGGUGGCCACCCCCGGCGCCAGAGCCUGUCCACGCCGCUGUGCCUGUUACUUGCCUACAGAGGUGCACUGCACGUUUCGGUACCUGACCUCCAUCCCAGAUGGCAUCCCGCCCCACGUGGAACGCAUCAAUUUCGGGUACAACAGCUUGGCCAGAUUGAGAGAAACGGACUUUUCUGGCCUGAAUAAGCUGGAGUUACUGAUGUUACACAGUAAUGGUAUUCACACAAUUCCUGAUAAGACCUUCUCGGAUCUGCAGGCCUUGCAGGUCUUAAAAAUGAGCUAUAACAAAGUCCGAAGACUUCAGAAGGAUACUUUUUAUGGCCUCAGGAGCUUGACACGGUUGCAUAUGGACCACAACAAUAUUGAGUUUAUAAACCCAGAGGUUUUUUAUGGACUCAGCUCUCUCCGACUGGUGCAUUUGGAAGGAAAUCAGCUGACUAAACUCCAUCCAGAUACAUUUGUCUCUCUGCGCUACCUCCAGAUAUUUAAAACAUCUUUCAUUAAGUACUUGUACUUGUCUGACAACUUCCUGACCUCCCUCCCUCAAGAGAUGGUCUCCUACAUGCCUGAUCUGGAAAGCCUUUAUCUCCAUGGAAACCCAUGGACCUGUGACUGCCAUUUACAGUGGUUGUCUGACUGGAUACAGGAGAAGCCAGAUGUAAUCAAAUGCAAAAGAGACAGAAGUUCCUCCAGCCUUCAGCAAUGCCCACUUUGCAGGAACCCCAGGGCCUCCAAAGGCAAGCCCUUCGGCAUGGUCCCGGCUGCAGCUUUCCUGUGUACCAAGCCAACUAUUGACUCAUCCCUGAAACUUAAGAGCCUGAACAUUCUGGAAGACAGUGGUUCUGCCUUCAUCUCUCCCCAAGAUUUCAUGGCACCCUUUGGCUCCCUCACCUUGAAUAUGACAGACCAGUCUAGAAAUGAAGCUAAUGUGGUCUGCAGUAUCCAGAAGCCCUCGAGGACAUCAUCCAUUGCAUUCGUUGAAGAAAAUGACUACAUCAUGUUAAACCUGUCAUUUUCUACAUCUCUAGUAUGCAACGUAGAUUACACCCACAUUCGGCCACUGUGGCAAGUUCUAGCCUUGUACAGUGAUUCUCCUCUGAUACUAGAAAGGAGCCAUUUGGUCACUGAAACACCACAACUCUGUUACAAAUAUAAACAGGUGGUUUCUAAGCCUGAAGACAUUUUCACCAACAUAGAGGCUGAUCUCAGAACAGACCCCUCUUGGUUAAUGCAGAACCAAAUUUCCUUGCAAUUAAACAGAACUGCUACCACACUCAGUACACUGCAUAUCCACUACUCAAGUGAUGCUCAAGUCACUUUACCGAGGACAGAGAUGAGGCCAGUGAAACACAAAUGGACCAUGAUUUCAAGGGAUAACAAUACUAAGCUGGAACGCACUGUUUUGGUUGGUGGGACCAUUGAACUGGACUGCCCAGCCCAAGGAGACCCCGCUCCGCAUUUGGAGUGGCUUCUAGCCGAUGGGAGUAAAGUGAGAGCUCCUUAUGUUAGUGAGGAUGGACGGAUCCUAAUAGACAAAAGUGGGAAACUGGAACUCCAGAUGGCUGAUAGUUUUGACACAGGUGUGUACCACUGCAUAAGCACCAAUUACGACGAUGCGGAUCUUCUCACCUACAGGAUAACUGUGGUGGAGCCUUCUGUAGAAGCCCACCAUGAAAAUGGGGCUCAUCGCACAGUUUUCAUCGGUGAAACACUUGACCUUCCGUGUCAUUCUACUGGUAUCCCAGAUGCCUCUGUUAGCUGGGUUCUUCCCAGAAACACUGUGCUCUAUCAGUCCUCAAGAGACAAGCAAAUUCUUAACAAUGGCACAUUAAGAAUAUUACAGGCCACCCAAAAAGACCAAGGGCAUUAUCGUUGUGUAGCAGCCAACCCAGCAGGGGUUGAUCUUUUGAUUUUCCAAGUUUCAGUGAAAAUAAAAGGACAAAGGCCAGGGGAGCACGACGGAGAAGCAGAUGGCUCCGGACUUGAUGAACCCAAUCCCAUUGCUCAGCCCAAGGAGCCGCCAACUGUACACCUCCCUACAUCUGCUCUGAUGGAGGCUGAGGCGGGAAAACAAGUAUCGAGCACAAGUAAGACGCACAACUAUCGGGAGUUAGCGCACCGGCGACGUGGAGAUUCAACAAACCGACGUUUCAGGGAGCACAGCAGGCAGUUUCCUCCCUCUGCUAGGAGAAUUGACCCCCAACACUGGGCAGUGCUUUUGGAGAAAGCUAAAAAGAAUGCUGCCCCAGAGAAACGAGACAAUGCCACAGCACAGCCAACUCCACCAGUCACCCAACUCCUGAAACUACCCGGUGAGGAAGCAGAAGGCUCAGGUCUGCUUCCUUCAGGUGAGGAAUUUACGGCUCUGGCAACUACAGCUUCAAAUGUUCCGGUAAGGACAGUUACUGCUAAUUCCAGAACAAUAUCCAAUAGCCCUGUGAUGGAUAUAAUAACUUCUGGCACCGAAGUCUCCCCAAUUUUGAGUCCACAAAUACUACCACCUGAAAAACCUAUCAAUUUCAGCCUCUAUACUGCAGUUAAAACUACAGGCGUGUCCAUGAAUGUAAAUCCAGCCACGUCAACCAGGAUGCAAGACACAUCCAACCAAAAUUCACCCACCAUCUUUCCUCUACUAUCUGGAGCAACUGAACUUCAGGACACAGACCAGACGGGGAGAAGAAGAGAGCAUUUCCCAAGUGCGCCCCCAAUAACAGUGGGGACUAUGAUCAGUGAUCUCAAUAUUAAAAUGCUUCACAGUGCUAACAGCAAAGUUGAUGUAUUCUUAGUGUCAGUCAAUACAACAAACGGCCAGCAGACAUCUGGGACAGCGGUCAGUGAACCCAGGAGCAAUCACAUCUACUCUCACACUCCUCAAACACUCAGCACCUCUACGCUCCCUACGGAUCCGUACGCUGCUGCCAGCUCUCAGGUACAGAUUCCUAGAAAUAGUGCAGCUAACACCGCACUCUCCAGACGGUUUGGGAGGCGGAGGAAGAUUUGGGGCAGGGGGCGAAUUAUCAGCCCAUAUAGAACUCCAAUUCUUGGACAGCACAGACCUGGCUUUGUGAGACCAACAGUCCGAGGUUCCCCUGAAGACAGCACUACUCCCUUUGCAGCCACAGAGCGCGGUGUGAUGUGUCUAUCCUGUUCUCCCAGAGAGAGGCUCGUCCCCCCUACAGCAGCGCCGUCUCUUCCAAGCUCUUCCCCGGUUACUCUCCCCCAAGCUGAUAUCACCACAGCCACAUCAGAAGACUCUACAACACUGCUCCAGAAGCCGUCAUUGCUACCUGACAACAAACCCAAUGUACACACUGAAAAAACAACACCCACGAUAAAAUAUUUCAGUGCUGAAAGUAUCCAAGUGACACCAACUGGUGCAGUCAGGACCCAUGCCCCAACAUCCAUAUAUAUGGAACAAACUCAUUUAAUGAAUACUGAUUACCCAAAUGUGCCCAGCACCCGUGAAACGAAAAGAGAUUCAUUGAUUAUAUCACCACUUCCAGACCCCAUCACCAAGCCUAGUACUACAGCCAGUACAAGAUUUUCAAGAAAGAAAAUCCCCUGGCAUCACCUCUUUGCAAAUAACUAUGUCCAAAAGGAAAGGAUAAGGAAUCUGCAUAAAUUUGGUUCACAAAAAAGCACAGCCACAGUGUUUCCAAAAAUACCUCCUGCUUUACCCACAGAUAAAGUUUCCCCCUUCCAUUUAACAACACUCUCCUCAAGGGUGAUGCAAAUUCCAUCGGAAACACUGGCUACAGCUCACAAUACCACAGAAGUGCACAGUCCUACAAGUCUCCCUGUGAUGAAGGCGCAAACCUUCCCAACCCUGAACCCUACAGUUGCUGGUAUUGCAAGCAAAGAAUCACAUCCAACAAACUUCCUACCAAUGCGAACGGCCACACUGACAGCUCCUCCUACUGCCUCCGCAUCUGUCAUUAUCAGUGAAAUCCAAGCAGCCAGACCUGGGCCACAAAAAGGACAAAGACCAAAGGAGUCCCAGAAGAACAGGAGUGACCCAAUCAUUUCUUUAGGACAGAGUUCUGGCUUCACCACAUUGACUGCUAUGGCACCUGCUCUUCUAACCACAGUCGAAGCUUCAACCAAGUCCAGUGGCUCUGCUGUUGCUCAUUCUCCCCUGGAAAAUCCAAAAGGAAUCUCAAGCACAACUGGUCUCUCUUCAAGAGUUCCUCAUCAGACAGACGUAACUGAAGAAUGCCCCCAGGAGAAUACACAGACUUUGAAAAGCACAAGGGCUCCUGAAAUAACUUCGUCUAGCAGACAACACCGGAGGACCACAACCAGGGAAAUGGUCAUUAGACAACCAACCGUGCCACCGUUCCUGAGCAGUCCUGCCACUCCAGUGCCAAUUCCCACCCCUCCCUUUACUCAAAGUGCAGUUACUGAUGAUGUAGCCACCCCCAUUUUCAGGAUGACGGCAAAUGCAAUGGUCAAGCCAUCUGAGUCCUCAAGGCAUGACGCUAAUUCACACCAGGAAGCAACAGAGAUUCCAAUGUCUCCCAAGGUUCACCCGAAUGCCACGCUGACAAUCAGAACCACCCACUUCAUCUACUCUAAUGAGUUACAUUCUACCCCUACGGCAGCACUGAGCACAGUGAAACCACAGAGUUCUAAACUGACUCCCUCUCCCUGGUCAGCAAACCAAUUUGGGCCCAAGUCAUACCCAGAAAUUGCUGAAGAAGGCAAAGAGCCAGUAGUAAGCGUGUUGACCACUCUAGACUUACCAGAGGUCACCACUCCUGCAUCAAACUGGGAUGGACAGAAGACUGCAGACAAGAGUGGCUUCGAGAAGACACACGUUAAAAAAACAAGCACUUCUGAAUUCCUUCUUCCCUUUGACUCGCUGUCUAGGAAUAUGUUUGAAAAGCCCAGAAUAGUCGGAGGGAAAGCUGCAAGUUUCACUGUUCCUGCUAACUCAGAUGCCUUUCUUCCCUGUGAGGCUGUUGGAAACCCCCUGCCCACCAUCCACUGGACCAGAGUCUCCUCAGGACUUGAUUUGUCUAAAAGGAAACAGAAUAGCAGCUUCCAGGUGCUCCCCAACGGUACACUGUCCAUUCAAAGGGUGGACAUUCAGGACCGCGGACAGUACCUGUGCACAGCAUCCAAUCCUUUUGGCACCGACUACCUUCAUGUCACUUUGUCUGUGGUUUCCUAUCCCCCCAGGAUGCUGGAGAGACGGACCAAAGAGAUCACAGUUCAUUCCGGAAGCACUGUGGAAUUAAAGUGCAGAGCUGAAGGUAGGCCAAGCCCUGUGAUUUCCUGGAUUCUGGCAAACCGAACAGUGGUCUUAGAAUCAUCGAAAGGCAACAGCCAGGCCCUGGUGAAAUCUGACGGAACAUUGGUGAUCCACAAUCUCAGUGUUUAUGACCGCGGCUUUUACAGAUGCAUGGCCAGCAACCCAGCUGGCCAGGACUCACUGCUUGUUAAAAUACAAGUCAUUGCAGCCCCACCUAUUAUUUUAGAACAAAAACGGCAAGUCCUUGUAGGGACAUGGGGUGAAAGUUUGAGACUACCCUGUACUGCUGAAGGAACUCCUCAGCCCAGUGUUCACUGGGUCCUCUCUAAUGGCACUGAAGUGAAACCCCUGCAGUUUAUCAAUUCCAAGUUGUUCUUAUCUUCAAAUGGAACGCUGUUUAUUAGAAACGUAGCCUCUUCAGACAGGGGCACUUACGAGUGCAUUGCCACCAGCUCCACCGGCUCAGACAGAAGGGUGGUAAUACUUACGGUGAAAGAGCAAGAGACUGUUCCCAGGAUAGAAGCUGCAUCCCAGGAAUGGAAGGAGGUAAAUUUUGGGGACAAGUUACUGCUGAACUGCUCAGCUACUGGAGAACCCAAGCCUAAAAUAAUGUGGAGGUUACCGUCCAAGGCUGUCGUAGGCCAGUGGCACAGAAUGGGCAGCCGAAUCCACGUCUACCCAAAUGGAUCACUGUUGAUUGCAUCGGUAACAGAAAAAGAUGGUGGCGACUACUUGUGUGUUGCCAGAAACAAAAUGGGAGAUGACCUGAUCCGUUUGCACGUCAGUCUACGCCUGAAGCCUGCCAAAAUUGACCACAAGCAGCAUUUUAAAAAACAAGUGCUUCACGGGAAAGAUUUCCAAGUCGACUGCAAGGCUUCUGGCUCCCCGGUGCCUGAAAUAUCUUGGAGUCUGCCCGAUGGAACAAUGAUUAACAACGCAAUGCAGGCAGAUGACAGCGGCCGCAGGACCCGGAGGUACGUCCUUUUUGACAAUGGAACCUUAUACUUCAACAAAGUUGGGGUUGCAGAGGAAGGAGAUUAUACCUGCUAUGCUCAGAACACCCUAGGGAAGGAUGAGAUGAAGGUCCACCUGACUGUCGUAACGGCUGCCCCACGGAUAAGGAAGGCUUCGAAGACCUACACGAGAGUCAAGGCUGGAGACACAGCCGUCCUUGACUGUGAGGUCAUUGGGGAACCCAAGCCAAGAAUAUUUUGGUUGCUCCCUUCCAAUGACAUGAUCUCAUUCUCCAACAAUAGGUACACAUUUCAUGCCAAUGGGUCUCUCUCCAUCAGCAAAGUAAAGCGGCUGGAUUCUGGGGACUAUGUGUGUGUCGCCCAAAAUCCCAGUGGGGACGACACUAAAACGUACAAACUGGAUGUUGUCUCCAAACCUCCGUUAAUCAAUGGCCUGUACACGAACAGAACUGUUAUGAGAGUCACUGCUGUGAGGCAUUCCAAGAAACACUUCGACUGCAGAGCCGAGGGGACGCCAGCUCCUCAAGUCACGUGGAUCAUGCCAGACAACAUUGUCCUCACCGCCCCAUACUAUGGGAGCAGAAUCACAGUCCAUGAAAAUGGGACCUUGGAAAUUAGGAACGUGAGGCUUUCCGACUCGGCCGAUUUCAUAUGCGUGGCUCGGAAUGAGGGGGGAGAGACUGUGUUGGUGGUGAGGUUGGAGGUGCUGGAAAUGCUGAGAAGACCGACAUUCAGAAAUCCAUUUAAUGAAAAAGUAGUUGCCCGGCUGGGAAGGUCCACAGCACUGAAUUGCUCUGUUGACGGAAACCCACCUCCAGAAAUAAUCUGGAUUCUACCAAACGGCACACGCUUUUCCAGUGGACCCUGGACUUCUCGGUAUCGGAUCGCUAGCAAUGGUUCUUUCAUCAUUUCCAAAACAGCUCGAGAGGAUACAGGGAAGUAUCGCUGUGCAGCCAGGAAUAAUGUUGGCUACAUUGAGAAAUUAAUUGUAUUGGAAAUUGGCCAGAAGCCAGUUAUUCUUACUUACGCACUAGGGACGGUGAGGGGCAUCACUGGAGAAUCUCUAUCGUUGCAUUGUGUGUCUGAUGGAAGCCCUAAACCAAACAUCAGAUGGACUUUACCAAAUGGUCAUGUAAUAGACAGGCCUCAAACUCAUGGAAAAUACAUAUUGCAUGAUAAUGGCACCUUGGUCAUCAAAGCGGCAACUGCUGACAACAGAGGAAACUACAUUUGUAAGGCUCAAAACAGUGUUGGCCACGCACUGGUCACCGUUCCCGUGAUGAUUGUAGCCUACCCUCCCCGAAUUACAAACCACCCGCCCAGAAGCGUCCUCACGAGGACAGGAGUGGCCGUGCGGCUCCACUGCGUGGCCUUGGGUGUCCCCAAGCCAGAAGUCACGUGGGAGACACCCAACCACUCCCUGCUCUCCACGGCAGGUAAAGGGUGGCCUCACCCGCAGGGUACCAUCAUCAUUCAGAAUCCCCAGACCUCGGACUCAGGGAUUUACAAAUGCAUAGCCAGGAACCCACUGGGGAGCGAUUACACAACAACUUACGUUCAAGUAAUCUGA